GCCCGCGCCGUGUGCGAUAACUACAGCGCGAUUUUGUGUGUGAAAACAGAUUCCUGAUUAAGAAAGAAGAUAAAGAAACUUCGAGAGACCAUAAGGAGUGUAGACCGAGAAUUAAACGAAACAAUGCAACCAAAUUACACACUUCGAGCUGUAACUUUAGAGGAAAAGGAGAUACAAGCAGUGUUACAAUUCGCUACAAGGAUUUUUGAAGAAGAUGAGCCAUUGAACACAGUGUCACAAUCACUCGUGGAUGCGAGUGACAUAGGAGAACAUCUGAUCGCGAUUUUGAGACAGUCUUUGUCAGUCCUAGCUUUAGACGAUGGUGGCGAAAUUAUAGGGGUAUCACUCAAUGGAUUGAUUAAAAGAGAGGAGGCCGAAACAAACAACUUCGAGUUUGAUCCAAAAACCUGUGAAGAUGGAAUCCUCCAGCUUUUAUUGCACGUGCGACGGGAAGAUAAAAUGUGGGACAAACUGCCGAAGACCUGCAAUACUGUGUUGGAACUCCAUAUGUGUGCUGUACGCUCCGAUUGGAGGGGGAAGGGGGUCAUGACAGCUUUGACAAAAAAGACAGAGCGAAUGGCCCGCACUACUUGCGCCGCCGCAGUGCGCAUAGAAGCGACAUCGGCAUUCUCAGCGAAGGUGGCAGAGAAACUUGGCUACAAAGAGAUCUACCGACUGCCUUACAAAGACCAAAUUUAUACUCCAUCACCAGCUCCCCCACAUCUUGAUAUGAGAGUUUAUAUUAAAGAAUUAUAA